CUUUACUGAGUAUUUUUUUAGGAAAGUGUGUGGUCUUUUGAAAUUACAGUGAACGAAAGUGGGCUUAAAAAAAAAGCGAAAUUGUAUUUUUGAGUUUAUUGGAACUUUUGUUUGAAAUCAAUUUGUGUUUGGACGAACGGAAAUCUUUAGUACAUUUGGCUGGAAGAAAAGAUAAUUAUUUUACGUUGGAUAAAAAUAUUGGAUUAACGAAGUGCUUUCAAGUUUUUGAAAUAUAAAAUUAAAGUAUGUCUCAGCAAGACGAACACAUGAACGAAAGAAGUGAAUCUUCAGAAUCACCAAAUGAUCCUGUGGUAAGGACCCUACCUGUAUACUAUUCACCGGCCCUUAGAAACCAUUUACUCUUGAAUCAAUAUCCUUUAAGACCAAAAAAUCGAGAAUACAGUAGCAGGACAGGAGAAACACCAGUGAAUGCGCGCAUCAAGCCUAAAACCGGGUGGAUGGAGAUGGAAGUGCCCAUUCCUACAGCAAAUUACUUUGACGAAGAAAAAGCGAAAAAAUAUAGCAGCGAGCAACAACCAUUAAGGACACAAGUGCUUGCAGGCCGUUUACAACAGCCACAAACUAACCUGAUGGUAGGAUUGAUUCGUAAUGGUCAACUUCACAUCGUCCCUUUGCGGGGAUUAACACAGUUACGUCCUUCUAUGAGACAUGUAGAUGACCAUACACAACGAGUUAAAGCCUCUACUACUUCUACAACAUCACAGCCUAAUGCUUCCUCUUCCCGUGGACCGAUUCGCGCCAUUCAAGUGACGGCCAAGCAAAAUUCAGAGGCACCUAAGCUCUCAACGACACAUAUUAUUAGGGCUACAGAAGAAGAAGAAUGGCAACCAGUCGACAUUCGGGAAAACGAAGAAGCUCUCUCAGUUGCUAAACAGUUGGAAUGUCCCUUGGAGCAUCAACCUAAUGAAUGCACGCCAGCGGACGUAGAGUACUCAUUUCUUUAGGAUAAUCGGGAUAAACAAAAUGGGAUUUGCUUGUACAAUUUCGUGUGAAGUAGCGUAAAUAGUUUUAGGAUCCUUAUUACGUUUAGCAUCAUUAACAUGAUCAAUUGUCCUAAAAUAUGCAUCACCGUUCUUCAAAAUCUCUUCAUUCAAGGCGAAUAUUACAAUUGGCUCUUUCACUACUAAAUAAAUGAAUUACUGAAAUGAAUGCCUAAGCUUAUCACAUCUACUAAUACAAUGUCUAAAAAAAAACUCCAUAACCCAAGAAAUCAUGCUUAUUGAUU